AUGGCAAUCCGUCGAUUUCGUCGCAUCACCAUCCUCGCCUCCCUCUUGGGUGUAUUCCUCCUCUACCACUUUCUCUCCAUCCGCCCAGAGCUCUACACCCGCAGCGCUACCCAGCUCCGCACUCCGCAGAGCACCCCGCAGAGCGCUCCAAAUGAGCCUCCCGAAUGUCCCCCUCUCGAGGGGAUCGAAGAUGUCCUGAUGGUCAUGAAGACAGGUGUCACCGAAGCCCUCGACAAAGUCCCCGUUCACUUCCAAACAACGCUGCGCUGCGUCCCUAACUACAUUAUCUUCUCGGAUUUCGAAGAAGAAAUCGAAGGCGUCAAAAUCCAUGACGCUCUCCGCACAAUGGACAGCACUGUCCGAGACACCGUUGCCGACUUCAACCUCUACAAUCGUCUCCGCGAACAAGGUCGCGCCGGUCUCGAAUCGGCCGACUUCGCUGACGAGGCCAACUCCAACAUCGGCAAGCCCAACAACCCGGGCUGGAAGCUCGACAAAUGGAAAUUCCUCCCUAUGGUGCAGCAGGCCCUCACUUAUAAGAACAAUGCCAAAUGGUAUGUCUUCAUGGAGGCAGAUACCUAUUUCUCGUGGCCGACACUCCUCGAGUGGCUUUCGCAUUUCGAUCCAAAAGAACCCCACUACAUCGGCACUGAGACUCAGAUCGCAGACGUCAUCUUUGCGCAUGGCGGUUCCGGCUUCGUUGUCUCCAACCCAGCCAUGCAACUCGCCUCGAACGAGUACGCAACCCGUACCGUAGAGCUGAACGAAUACACCGACUGGCAUUGGGCUGGCGAUUGUGUUCUGGGCAAGGUUCUCGCUGACGCCGGUGUCCCCUUGCGCUACUCAUGGCCGAUCCUCCAGAACUCCAACGUCGGAGAACUGGACGAAUUUGCCAAGGGCUUCUACCGCAAGCCAUGGUGUUUCCCCGCAGUAGCAUUCCACCACCUGACAUCUCACGAGAUCCGGGAUCUCUACGAGUUCGAGAAACGCCGACGUCAACAGCAUACCCCUGCUAACACACAACCCCUCCACAUCCAGACUACCAGCAACGUCCUCCUCCACCGCGACGUCUUCAAAGAACUCAUCUACCCCGAGCUCUCGAACGUCCGCGACAGCUGGGACAACCUCUCCGACGAAGAACACCCCGCCAUCACCGACUUCCACGAAUGCAAAACCCUCUGCUCCAGCUCGCGAAGCUGCGCGCAAUUCGUCAUGCGCGACGGCAUUUGCUUCACCGGCGAAACGCCCCGACUGGGUGUCAGAAACCCUACAGCCCGAUCUGGCUGGAUCUUAAGCACAAUCGAGCACAUGAUGGAUCACGCACCGCGGUGUCCUCAUCCUGACUUUGGACUUUGA